GAUAGGCCGCCACUUGUUUCCUCCUAUACCUGGAUCCCACUGUUCCAUGUGCACGGUAUCGCUUUUUUUAGUUCCUUCUGAAGUUACCAUUUUACCCUCAAAACCAAGAUAGCUUCGCUAUAUAACAAGACAACUUAUCUCUCCUUCAUCUUCCGACACGAUCUAAUAAUCUCUCUUCAGUUUUCGAAAAAGCCUUCUUAAAUCCUUCUAAAGAUUCCUUUAUCUAAGAAUAAAGAAGAAAUUUAACCAAAAGAGAUGUGUUAUCUGAACAAGGUUUGGAUUGCAGCAUCGUUCGUGGCUGCUCAAGGAAACCCCGAUCACGGCGUCAAGUUGAAAACCGGUCUCAGCUCCGCACACCACCUUCAACGCCGGCUUUCCUCCGAUAUCCGCCCUCUCUCCGCCACAGCUGACCCCGUAGAUGGUCCGCGUGUAGAAGAAAGACGGGUUACCUCUUCUUCCACUCCCGAUGAAUCUCUCCGUCAGAUCAUGUACCUCAACUGCUGGAGCCAAGGCUAAUUCUAGUUCCAUGCAAUCCAUCCACGGAUAUUGAUGGUGGCUCGCUCGUGGACCUGCUGGGUCGGAUAAAGCCAGAUGGAUCUUCUAAUGAUAAUUGUAUAUAUGUGAAUAUUAGAAAUGUUCAAAAAAUAUAAAAAGCAAGCGUUCGUUUAUGAGAAACAUCGUCUCUUUUCCAAAUUAUCAUCAACGUUUAAUGAAAUCUUUGAUUACCACUAA